ACACACGCACACACACGGGCGUACUGGCCCUUUAAGACGGAUAAAGAGACAACAGCCCCGCACGAGCCGAGCGCAUCGAUACCGCGUUUACGUUUCACCAGUGAUUUACACCAGUGCUGCCUGCAGGAGCAACUCAGCUCCAUUGUGGUUAAUAAAUGUUAAUUCAUAUGCAGUGUAUUUAAACGUUUUUUAAAUGGCGGGAGGAGAAAUGUGACGCUGGUUUGCUUUCUGGUGCGUAAUUGAUUCGAGUGGAGAAUCCUGAGCUGCAGCACUCAUUUUGGCACAGUCAGACUCCUCCAUCUAAGCCUUUUUCUCAGGGAGGGGAAGACUGCUGGUUUUUUGAACUUCCUACCUUUGUUGCUUCAGCACGUCCUAUACGCCAGGCUAGACAGUGCCCCCCCCCCCCCCCCCCAUUUUACUGCAGAGAGCUUAACUUAAAAGAUAAACAAUAAUGGAAGACAAACGCAAGAAGCGGAGCCCUAAGGUGUCUCUCCCACAGCCUCCUCCUCCCCCCAUCAAUCCCCGCAAACUUCCCGUCCUGCCUGCCAGCAAAAGUGCCACCUUCUCUCUCGGCCUGCCGCAGCCCCCCUCCCCCAAGAACAGAGGCAAGUAUAAGCGGUCCAUCGGAGCGCCAGGACAGCCCAAAGAGGUGUUCACAGUCGUCGUAGCUCCACCAAAGACCACCAGGCCUCACAAGGAGAAGCCCAGGGCCCCCCAGCCUGCAGGGCCCAGUAAAGUAAUUCAGUCUUCCCCCCUGCAGCACUCCUUUCUCACAGAUGUCUCAGACGUGAGAGAGAUGGAGGGAGGCCUCCUCAACCUCCUCAACGACUUCCACUCAGGCAAACUACAGGCUUUCGGCAAAGUGUGCUCCUUUGAGCAGCUGGAGCAUGUGCGUGAGAUGCAGGAGAAGCUGGCACGACUGCACUUCAGCCUCGACAGCCAUGUGGAGGAGCUUUCGGAGGACCAGAGGAAGUGUGCCUCCGACCACAACCUGGAGCACCUGCUCUGUAACCUGGAGGAGCUCAGCACCUCGAUACAAAAGCUCCACUUGGCUGAGAACCAGGACCUGCCCAAGACAUCUGGUCCCUGAUGAAGUGAGGUGCGGAGGAUGGCGACCACACACUCAUCUUCUCCCAACAUCUAGCCAGCGCAGGUUGCCAUGGCAUUGAUCCAGCUGCCUUAGUAACGGAAUGGAAAGAUCCACAAGAAGAGGAGGAGCCAUUUUUUGUUCCAUUUGGUCGGUGGAGCAGAGAGAACAAUAAAGUGACUGAAAGCAGCAGAGCAUUAAAUGAACUCUCAACCAAAACCAUAAACCCCUCAUUCAUGGCACAAGAAAUGACCAGAGGUUUUACAGAACAGUCGCGUUAGAUUAAAAAAAAAAAAGUUGUGUCGAAGUUUUCAGCAUGUUCUUGGCACCAAC